AUGCCACUGUUUUUCUCUCAGCCGUGCUCCUGGGCACUUCUGGUGCUGCUAGUGUCAAACCUCCUUUUAUGGGAGAAAGUGGCCUCUGCACCUUUGAAUAGCAAUGAGACUGAUGAACUGUACCUCACAGAACUCUUUGACCAUGCAAUGCUACUCUGCCAGAAUAUCAGUGACCUCAACAUGGAUUUGCCUAGGAUAUUUACCGUCAGUGCAUCAUCUGCAAAAGUUUCUGAUAAAUUUGUAAGUACCUCGCUUACUUCCAUCUUCUUUACUCUAAGUCUUCAUAUGCUUGAGUUUCUUGGAAAUCAGGAAUUCCUGGUUAAGAAUCUCUUCUCCUGCCACAAUUAUUCCAUCAAAACACCAGAAAACAUGGAUGAAGUCCAAAAGAUCUGUCUUGAAGACUUUCCAAAACUGAUACUGAGCAGAAUGCAGGCUUGGAACGACACUCUUCAUAACCUCCUGAUCAUACUUGGAAGUGUGCCAGGAUCACAUAAUGAUGUCCUUUCAUUAGCCAAAGAUAUUAGAACAAAAACUGCAGAGCUUUUUGAAGACACCAAGAGUAUACUCAGCAACAUUUAUGGAACAACAGAAAAUGUGGAUUAUACCGUCUGGUCUGGUCUCGAAGACAUUCAGUCAUCUGACGAAGACUCUCGCUUUAUUGCCCUUUGUAAAUUAUCAUAUUGCUUGCACACUGAUUUACAAUCAGUUGACCUUUCUCUCAUGAUCCUGAGAUGUACUGUGCUUGUUAAUAGUGACAUAUGCUCAUCCCCAAGAAUUGGAAAUUCGUGA